CCUUUUAGCCGCCCUCUCGCUGGCUGCCGCCAGACAGUUACAACAAACACUCACUUUUGUGGCACGGUACGAUGGCGCUCAAGUCGACUGAAGCAGCAGUAAUCCUAUGGCCAUAGCGGGGCAGCGAGGAGCUAUCGUGCCAGGAACGAAGCGGACGCUAUACACAGCGGCCGUCAUAACGUAACAGCGGUUCGUGCUGCUGGUCCACCGCCACCAUCGAAGCAGCAAAAAACAGCAGGAGUAGGAUGUUUUGGUGAUUGACUGCUGUUCACAGUGAAUGAGCUCGCGCAGAAUGCGUUUGCUGCUGCUGCUGCUAUUGCCACUUAAUCUAAGCAUGAGAACACGAGUCACGGAAUAAUUCAGAAACCGCACUACGACACCGCAGUCUCUUUUACUCCAUCUGAAUUUUCGUAUCAAAAGGCCGAGUAUCGGCGAGCAAGUGUAGAUCGGGCGUGAGGCCCCGUCAGACGAACGGAGCAGAUUACUGUUAUAUUUAUUAGGAAUAAAAGUUCCAGCAGCAAAGCGGACGAAAAGCAGAUGCAACAUAAUAGGCGGCACUACUGUGCUACUGCUAGUGUGCAUAGAAAAAAAGACCGUGCAGCGAAUCUGGGUGUUGGGAUAAUUUUCUGGCCUAUGGCAUCGCUUGCCGAGCAGUAUGCAUGUGUGUGUGUUUAAAGGAUCUGUUUAUUAAUCGGUCGUUGUUCGAAGGUUCACCAUUUACCUGCUUCAUAUGAUCGUCAAACAUGUCUCUCAGUUGAUGUACAAACGAGUCACUAAUUGAUAACACAGGGAGGCACUACCAAAAAGCUGGUAGCAGAAAGGACCCACCGUUCAGCUGUUGAGUGAAGACGAUUGACGUUCAUGCUCGACUAUUUAUGUGUUGUUUUUGCUGUUAUUAUUAUUAUUAUUAUUGCCUGGCCAGUAAAGACGACGAGUUCUACCGCUAUUACUGCUGCGCGAUGUUUGUCGCUUGACGCGACUCUGUCGUCUCGGCUCAUGUCGUAAUCCUGCCCUUAUAUAUUGCGGUGCUGAUACCUUCAGCGUUUGCUGGUAGUGCGUCGUGAGAAUCCGCCACAGCCUUGUGUCCUGCAGUGGUCUGUCCUGAUUCGGCUGCAGAAAUGGAAGUAUCGAACGCAUUGCUACGGCAAUGUUAACUACAGUCAUAAAACACAGAAGCGCGGGUCGUCGACGACAUCCGCAACCGAUCCCCAUAGUUUCAAGUCGUUUAGAACAAUAGCUUUCAUAGAGUGUUGGUCGAAUAGUGACGGCGGGCAAAGCUAUUGGGCUGGGGAGAGGCAAAGCAGUUGCAGACAAUGUCCUAUGAUCCAGCAAGCUAGAACAACAACGACGCUAGCCAUCAUCGGUUUUUUUUCGUGCAGCCGAUGAGCCAGCCGGCAGCCAAGAUAAAUUACAGUCACCUGCAAUGUACAUAUAAUGUCGUGAGCUGUACGCCGCAUAUAAGCCAUUGCCUGCCAACAAUCCGUACCCAGCGAUAAUAGUGCAAGUUCGACAGAUAAUAUUUGUAUUAAUUUGAUUACGUGUAAACGAAAAGUUGUAUUAAACGAAAAGGUAUUAAAGUUUCGAUGCAAAGACGACCGAAUUGAAAUAGCAGAACCCCAUUUGACUGACACAAAACAAUCACAGAAUCAACAAUAGUAAUAACAACAACAGGUACAGUUUAUCAUUGUCAACACUGAUAAUAUAGCAACGUUUACAGAAAACUUUAAGGUUUUCUUAGCCAGCGUUUGCAAGCUUUUAUAAACUGACUCAGCAAAGGAACUACUACUAGGACCACUAAUGGGUCGUUCACAUAACAAUUACAGAAGAGCACAGUGUACGCAAGACAAACGACAGACUCCCUUCAGCCACUGUCAAUAUAUUCUGCCGAUCGACCGACGGAGAGUCCCGGUUAGUGCAUUGGCGUCUGAAUACUACGUCUAACUGUUAAUCGCCGCCUCCCGACUCUUCCCGUCCCAACUCUCCCUUCCGUUUUCUCCUUGUCUGUGUGGUCUGUAUCUGCAUGUGUCGCGUCUAAGCAGCGGUCCCUAGCCUUUAUCAUCUGGCCUUCAUUCGGCGUUUCUCAGCGUCUUCACUACUGUCAUCGGGCCAUAUUCUGGCAGGCUCUAGCCGAAGCACGAUCUACCGGCCCUCGCUCCCUUGCCGUGCUUUUGCCUGAUAGGGUUGUAUUUUGUCGCGCUGACCACUGCUGUCAGUGAUCCGCUCGUGUUCAUUAUCCACAGUGAAGUAAAACAAAAAGAGGGGUAGCAGCACAUCGAAAAACGAAUUACCUAGGGCUCUGUCUAGUGGUUUAACUGAAAAAACAGCUAUCUGUGUUCUUGCUGCGGGUCGCCCAUGUGCAACAAUAGGUCAGCGGACUAUGCCCCUCUUUCGCCAGACUCCUCGAACCACACGUGCCCGCUUCCGACUUUAACUGACCAGCCGCCGUGCCGACAGCAAAGACCGUAGCUGCUGUAACUGCCACGAACUUAAUCAACUUGUUGUCGCUGCCCUUUCUGCUCCCGCUACCAGUCCGAAAAGAACGGGCAAUGCUUAUUUGUUGUUGUACUAGCAGCGGCGGUGGCAGCAACACAGGCUAAAGGAAUCAUGUUUUGUACGUAAUGCAUCUUGAGGGCUCGCUGUCCUUGACAAUGGCAGUGAUUUUGUCCCUACGAUCGGAACGAGAAAGUAAUGCUUCGUAUAUAAGGAGAUAUAAAUUACGUCGAUGAUGAAAAUCCCUACUGAACUGUAUCGUUACCCUUGUAAUUGCUCCUGGGUCGACUGAAUGACGAGGUACGUCACACGUAUUCGCUGCCUGGGUUUCGUUCGUUUCGAUAAAAACAAUAGAAUUGCAGUCAAAAAAUAAAUGCUACCAUACUUAUUAACAAACAUCUGAUUGUCACGCUCGUCCAUAAGCGAGCCAUUUAUCUGGAGCAAUCGAACCAUUCGGUUGACCGCUAAUUAUCAGGAUUUACAAUUUGCUCUGCGAGGCUUUCAACGCGCGUGAUUCAUUCUCUACGUGGCUCUCUAUAUUAAAGGCUAUGCUCACACUUCUACUCCUUUGGUGUUUCAAUGUGCGCGUUCAACUGAUACAAGAAGGGCAGACAAAGGGGAUGUCACCAGCGUCGCGGCCGCUCCCGCUACCGUCUGUCAAUCGUCAUGCGCGUGGUAGUAGCGUUGACGUUGCCAUUGACAAAAAUGAUCAUUGCGAGCAGCAUGGAUUGGACUGUGUAAAAGCGCACAAACGAGGACUAAUUGCUGACCCCCAACACCUAAUUGUUGCGAACAUUAGCACUCCUGCUCAUCUAUUUGCUACAGUUAUUCGGGCCACCACAUGCGAUUACUGAGCGCUGUGGGUUUUACGUCCCCAGCACUGCAUCACACAGCGUAGAUUACUACUGGUGCAGCUGCUGCUGCUGCUGCUGCUGCUGCUGCUACUACAAUCCAUGUGACACUUACGGUCCCGAAAUAAUACGCCGCUGUUCUCGAACCGACGAAGCCAAACAUUGAGUGUCGUCGACUGCUGACCGGCAGUAUCUGAGGGACUCUACGGCUGUCUGUUUUAUACUAUCUCCGCUGUCAUUCGCCAGUGUGUGUUCACUUACCUAUUCUCCUGCCGUCGUGUCGUGUUGACGGAACAAAGCUUUAGCAUCUACAGAAAAGUGUACUUUGUGCGUCGCUUCUUUGUCGUAGACAGGGUGCGCGAAUGCGUAAGCGGGAAUAGACAGAGCCAGUAACCGCGACAGCGCUUGCCACUGCUGAUGUGUGCUUGUGGUUCAUGAUGACCCUGUGAGUUUGCGAGCGGGUGAGUGACGGACGAGCGACGGAAGAGUCCCUGCCGGUAGCUGUAUCAUUGUUCUUUGUCUUCAUCAUCAUGACGAGUUCGUGUAAGUAGAUGCUGUUGCACUAGAAAGAGGUUUAUAGUUGCAGUGCUGGCGGAAAAGGCCGUCACCAAUGUGGUCUGACCUCUGCUACUCGAGAAAUAGCGAUGGCUGAUACCAAUGUUGUGAUCGUUUUAACCCAUACAGCGGCAACAAGCAAGGCCUCGCUCCGGUGGUACGGCCACAGCUGCCGGCUGACCAACUGACUGUUGGGGACGCUCCACGGAGGCAACCUAUAGAGACGGGGGUACAGGCAGACACGCAUACGCACGCCCACUUACACACACACACGGGUCACACGCGAGCGUCGGAGACAACAAUGACUACGGAUUCGAGGUCUAUCGACAGGGGGACUACCAGCCGGUUAAGAGCACGAACGACAGAUAGACAAGAAAUUGCAAGUAGGGUAAGGUGUUGUUUUUGUACCCUGUAACGACGCAGCUUCGUGAUGACCUGUUAUCGGUUGGCGACGAUAGCGCUGUUUAUCUGUGGCGCACAACGCCCAUCGCUUGCUAAAGAUAUGAUGAAGACGUUGCCACCGCAGCAGCACCCGCGAAAGCAGUAACUCGUCCCGCUCAAUAGCGACGUCAGCGAUGACUGUAGCCAUUGCGGCGCAUGCAACAACAUUCGACAGCAAUUCGCUGCUAGAUCGACUGUCGCAGGAUACGCGGACACAGUAACGUCGGCGAAUCUCUUCAACAGUACGGACCAACGGAUCGACAGCUUACGCGUGAGCCAGUUGCUCGUCGAGCCCCGAAAGCAAUGAGCCAGGUUUCAGAGCAGGCACCGCUGACUUACUAAAAGUGACAAUUCGCUGCAAAAUAUAUUCGAAGGCUGCUCCUACUGCGAUAGGUCAAAAGGAACGAAAAAACAAACAGCAAGGAGGGAGGCUUGGCGUCCCGCGUUGAGAAAAAGCGUUCGUUGUCACCAUUUGUGAUGCUAAAGCAUCGCUAUUGUAGUAAGCACACAAACGUAUCAGGAAACGCAAGCAGGCUUACGGCAAACCGGCGAACUUAGCAAGCUAUAGGGCAAAUAGCCUGCGGAAACCCGCAGCAGCAGUAGCAAUAUCAACAGCGUCAGUAUGCACUACGUUGCCUGGCCUCAUAGCCUCGACCAACUGCAGCGGAUAAAGGCCGUCUGCCUACAGGACGGGAACGAUACGCACAACAACAAGAAUCAAACCAGUACGAACUGUAACCUCGUCCCGUUCAACUGGUCGUUUUCGAAAAACGCGUUGCUGACGUAUAAACAAGCCGUCGUGGGCAGGUGUUGACGAGGACGAGGAGAUUUAAUAUCAGAACGAGAUUGAAACAAAUUCUACCGCCGCGACGCAGCCGGCGAAAACGCGGGACAAGACACAAAAAACAAACGACAGUAGCUGCACUAACAGCGACAGCGAUAGUCUAACGGGGAAAAAAAAACGGCCGGCUGCCUUCGCGGGUGAAACGAUCGCACGCGUCCGGCAGGUCCAGUUUCGUAUUUGCUACCGCCGGCAAGGGGCGACGAAACCUACUGGCGCUACCAUUUCCGCUAUAGUUGCGACUAUAUCACUGGGCUCGCCGCGUCCCGAGAGUCGUUAGUCUCUCUUGUCGCCAAUAGCGUCGGCAACGCAACGGUACUGCAAGCGCCAGGUUGCAUCAUGAAGUGAACGACGACAGUGACUCUUGUUCCCAUAGCUCGAAAGCCUCAAAAGGUUUUACAUAGGCUCAAAGGCGAAGUUACAAGUCGCCCACCCGCGUACAACAUUCUGAGUUCACGUUACGACAAGGACCAGAACUCGACAAAGGGCUGCCAGGCCUGAGCGAGUGAAGCUAAACACAAGGGUGUAUCAUGAAUAUCAUCAGAUAUAACAAUUAGAUAUCUGUACAAAAUCGCAAGAAGCAUACAUUGUAUUCUGAAAAUCUGACCGGGUAGAUAAUAAUAGUACCCUUUUGUGCGGGAGGUGCGCGUAUAUACAAUUAAUCCUUUCUGACUGGCGUUGUUGAAAAAACUGAAAAAUCUCUUCGAUUGUCGCUGAGUUGCUACUGCCUGAGCUUCAGAAGACUAAUAGGUCUAACGGUAUAUAAAUAUAUAGUGUUUUGACAUAGUGUUAUAAUUAUAAAGUGAACGUGCAUAAGGAAGGAAUAAAUGCUGAUGGCGAGGUGUACGCUAUCUUCGUAUCGCAACACCUUAUAGGAUAAAAUUUUGGGCUUUUUGUGCGGCAUAUCGUCGAUAAACGUUUCGGCAUAUUGCGUUUUAUCGCGUACUGUUCGUCGUGUCGAGCGUGCAUGCGUGCGUAUAUGUGUGUGUGUGUGUGUGUGUGUGUGUGUGUGUGUGUGUGUGUGUGUGUGUAUGUGUGAAUGUAUGAAUGUAGUGUGUGUAUGGAUGUGCGCAUGUUUCAGAACCUUGCCAGCGGAGCACUGGUUGACAAGGAGACAAAGGAACCCUCAAGUUCAACUUAAACAACUUCACUGUACAUAAAGGGACCCGUGGAAAAAUAAACACACACAGCAACAUAUUUACGUUUAACGCGUUCCAUCAUCACUGUAUUGUGAAGAGCGCAAUACGGAAACUGCAUCCAACAUAAUAUUUGGCCCACCUCGACAGCCAUUGAAGUGAAGUCAGUAAGGUAUGAGCUGCUGAAAUAGGACGACAAACAACGUGGAUAGUGGUGUCACCGUUAUGUGCGCUACAAAAUGUUAUGUCUUCCUUUUCUCUGAAUGGUGGUACAUGAUUACAUGUGCGGAUUUCGUCGUCGCUCUGAUAUACCGUGUACAAUACGCAUAGAAACACAAGCUAGGCUUUGAUCAACGCUGACCGGGUUCUCUAGCAGCAGCAGCAGCAGCAGCAGCAGCAGCAGUAGCAGCAGCAGCGAAGGUAGCAAUAAUAGAAAUCAAGUGAUCCUAAUUGAUUUAUUACCAUACGAAAGCCGGGAUAAUUACCACUAUAUAAAUUCAAGUUGCAUUGUGCAGUUAUCUGCCAAACAUCGGAGCAGGGGAAAGAUACGUAUUAAGCACGGAAAGGAACAUCAGGAGCACAAGAUCCUGCCAACAGCCGUAUCAGGAAAAAUCAAAAUUCUGCAUUCAAGCUCUGCUCACGAAAAAGUCUGCUGUUAAGCGUUGGAUCUCCACCAAGCGAUCAAUGAAUGUUACAGUUCACUCUCUUUGUACUCUAAAGUUAACAAGUAGGCAAGCGAACGAGUAGGCAGGCCAAGUUAGAAUUUAAUCUAAACUUAGAAGCUAAAUAUAAACGCAAAUCAAGAAGUACAAGUUGCAUUGUAGCACAGGUAAACAAGAGCAACCAAGCACUGUUCUCUUUGUUACCUAAUCGUCUGCUGCACAGAGAACCAAAGUUCUUAACGAACGACACCAAUAGAACCACACCUAUUUAAUAUUAACCAUUAUUCAAGCAUUGUCAUCGUCAUCAGCGAUGUUGUUGCCGUUGUCCCUACCAUCAAACUGGUACGCGUUGGCCGUUUUCCCUGACUAACAGCAAACACUACAACGGAACCUUUUGGAGCGGCAGCAAUAUUGGGAUUGCACUGACAGAAAGAACGAAAGCAGAGGCCAUCACGCUCGUGAGACGUACCUGACACAACGUUCGUUCGUUAGGCAACGAUGACGCUCGAGGCCAACAACGAGCAUCCCGUCGCUGACGGGGAAUCGGUUAAACAGACGCUGCUUGUGCAGAGCAGUGGUUGCAGCGGUCUGCAAGCGGUCCGCAGUCCCUGUCCACAGAAUGGUGGCGGUGGCGGUGGCGGUGGGAUGGAGGCCACUGGCAGCCCCGGGGGUGCGGGUAACGCGGGCGGCGGCGAGACGACGGAACUUUCGAUUGAUACGACCGGCAUCCAACGCUUCCUGCCGCGAUGUCUGCGCUUUGCAUUCGCCGAUGAAGACGCCGAACGGCUGUACCAGGACUACUACCAGAAUGAGAAGUGUCUAGAUUUCCGAGCGUGGUUCCCGACGGCGUCGCUGGUCAAUCUGGCCAUCUUCGGCGGCUACUGUGCAUUCUUCUUCGCCGGUGCCGAGGCCGGCGCAGCGGGUCCGCCCAUCGUGACACUAGGCGCCGUCGCUCUGCUCGUUCUGGUGUCCGCCAGGUCGCUUGCGACCCGGCGGAUCCUGUCGCGCCGUGUGCUGGCAGCGCUCGUCGCUGGAGCAGUACUUAUCCAGCUUGGUCACAUGCUCAGCGAUCUUUACCUGUUUUCGAUGGCCCCUCGACUACCAGCCGACGCCCUGCAAUGGGUAUUGUUGUACAGUUUCGCGCUGUAUCUCCUCUUUCCGUUCCGUUUACCGACAACAUUGGUCUGCGCUGUGCUGACAGCCGGCGUUCAUGUUGGCCUUGUUAUCGACCGCUCGGCACCCGACAACGGGGCGCAAAUCGGCGCCAAUCUUGUACUAUUCCUUUGUGUAAACCUAUUGGGCGUCAUGUGUUAUGCCUUCUUUGAGAAACUACAGCGACGUGCGUUUCUCGAAACACGACAGUCACUCGAGGUGAAACUUGUUGUGGAGGAAGAAUCCCGUGAACAGGAACGUCUUCUUCUGUCUGUGCUGCCGCAGCAUGUUGCUUCCGAACUCAAACGAGACCUGGAUGCCGCCGUAACUGGCCCCUUCAAAAAGAUCUACAUGUCUCGACACGAGAACGUAUCCAUUCUAUUCGCCGACAUCGUUGGCUUUACAGCCUUUUCAUCAACCUGCUCAGCGGCCGACCUAGUUAGGACACUUAACGAAUUAUUUGCUCGAUUCGACAAACUUUCCGAGAAAUAUCAUCAACUUCGGAUCAAGAUUCUCGGGGAUUGCUAUUACUGUAUCUCAGGUGCACCCGAGCAAAGACGUGACCAUGCGGUGCUUUGCGUGCAUAUGGGCCUAAGCAUGGUUGAAGCUAUCAAAUCAGUUCGUGAGCAGACAAAAUCCGGUGUGGAUAUGCGUGUCGGAAUUCACACAGGUGCCAUCCUUGCUGGAGUGCUCGGCCAGCGUCAAUGGCAGUUUGACGUCUACUCAAAGGACGUCGUACUGGCUAAUAAAAUGGAAUCGGGCGGUUUACCGGGGCGGGUUCACAUUUCCGAGGCAACUCUCAAGUUCCUGCAUGAUGAAUUCGAGGUGACGAAUGCGGAUGGGGCUUCCCGAGAGGAAGCUAUCCGUCUGGCCGGUAUAAAAACUUUUUUCAUCGUGAAAGUGAUUAAACCGUAUCCUGAAGGAACACUUGAUAAUCCAGCGCUGACGGACAGAGGUGGUGAUCAUGGUACCACAAAAUCCGAUGUAAGUACAAACGUGGUACCAAUGGAGGCGUCAACUGGCGGGGGCGCUGAGUAUCGAACUCGCCUUCAAAGCGAGCUUCUAGCGCGUGAUACAGGAGCGCAACUGGCGCGGUCAGUGCACCCAUUGACAUUGGCGUUCCGUGACACCGAUCUCGAGCGCCAAUAUACGACGGUCAACGAUUCGUCGAAUUGCGUCAGUCUAGCUGCUUUUCCACUUGUAACACUUUGCAAUGGAAUUGUCUUCCUCAUCUUAUUUGACAACUCUCCCGUAUCCUAUACAUUGUAUGCGGGUGGGCUUGUCGUUCUAACCGUACUUACAGGUCUCUGCGUCACCCCGCUCUUAGUCAAAUCGGCGCCGAAGACCGUCACGGCGAUGUCAUCCGCUGUCCGAGCGAAAUCGUCGGCACGAUUCGUCAUCGUGCUGGUCAUUGUACUUCUCUGGACGGUUUUACAUGUUGCAACAAUAGUAAUAGCUGGCUGUCAAACAAACUCACCGGACAUGGACAUGUCUACACCAUCGGGCGGAAACAGCAGCCCUAAGCCAACAGAAGCCGCAUGGCAGUCUCCAGUAGUGCGAUUUCCAGCUUACGCGACGCAGAUGGUUAUUACUGGCUUAGCGGCCGUUACCCUCCUCACACACGUGAGCUACCUCGUCAAAUUGCUGCUUGUAUCAGCAAUUGUAUUAGCCCAGUGUCUACUGAACCUGACUUCGCUGAGCGCAUCAUUCGAGGCAUUUGACAAUCGCGCGUAUGGCUCAAACAGCGCGCUGCUUUCAAUGUCGUCGAAUGCCGCUGGUGGAAUCACAGUACCGCCAGACAGUUUGGGUUUUACAACAUCUGAGGCAAAUGAGGGCAGUACAGGCGCUUUUGACAUAGCUAUUGGACAUGGUGGCCUCCUGUCCGUGUAUCUGGUGGCGGUCGGUGUUUCUUUGGUCAUCUGUUGCCGCCAGCUGGAGUACACGACACGACGCCUUUUCCUCUGGAGACGUGAGGUGGACACGCAGAAGCAGCGCGUGGCUGACAUGCGACAAAAAAACGAAGCGCUAAUCUACAAUAUCCUACCGCCUCACGUCGCUAAACAUUUCCUCGGGACACGCAAAGCUGAUGAGGAACUCUAUUCGAAAAGUUAUGAAGCCGUCGGCGUUCUAUUUGCAGCAAUGCCGAACUUCAGUGAUUUUUAUACAGAAGAUGAUGUCAACAAUCAGGGCCUAGAAUGUCUACGAUUCCUUAAUGAGGUUAUUAGCGAUUUCGAUGCCCUGCUAGAACAGCCGCGCUUCCGUGGCAUCUACAAAAUUAAGACAAUUGGUUCGACAUAUAUGGCGGCCAGUGGGUUGUACGGCUCGGAUGAGGGUGCUGAGACCGGAUGGGAACACCUAGCCCGCCUCACCGAGUUUGCACUUGCUCUCAAAGACACAUUGAAUACAAUUAACAAGGAAAGUUUCAACAACUUCGUUCUUAAGAUGGGUAUUAACCAAGGGCCGAUUACAGCCGGUGUCAUUGGUGCUAGGAAGCCCCACUUCGACAUAUGGGGUAACACCGUCAACGUCGCAUCCCGUAUGGAAUCGACAGGCAAAGCCGGCUAUAUCCAAGUUGUCAAAGAAACAAAGGCGAUCCUUGAGACGUUUGGCUUCGAGUUUGAGCAGCGAGGUCUGGUUACAGUCAAAGGCAAAGGCCAGCUUAUGACGUACUACCUCAUAGGGCGUAAUAGCGCAAAAGCUACGGCUAAGAGCUAAGGAGAUCACAGAGUUUUCCUAUUCACCAGCUCCCAUAACAUGAGACAGAUUAAAUCCUAUAACAAAAUAACAGAUGGCGCAUAUUCAACUAACAUGAGCGGAGCAUUGCCAUUUUAUGAGAAUCCCCUACGAUGGGCAGCGUGUCGCGCAGACGUCGAAGCCGCUCUCAACCGUUAUAACUCUUUAAACUUGUAUCGUUCCACUUAUCCUAAUACAAUAAUUCUGCAUCUUCAAAUAAGUACUGUAAGAUGGGAUGUUGUAAAUGAAUGCGCAGGUUCUGUUUACGGAUCAAAUGUAUUCUAACCUUCAAUUUCAAUACCAAGUCAAUGAGGCGUAAGAAGAAUACAUACUUCUGCGUUAACGCUCUAAGGUAAAGACAGCAUUCCGUAUGCUGAUAUCCGCAUGCUAGUGUAAUCGUUGGCCAUCUUUUGUUGCCGCACGUAUAGAGGCUUCUACAGUAAGGGAAUCUUCUAACUUUAAGCCAUUUUCAAAUAGCUAACCAAUCUGUUUCGCAUAACAAUCGGGGGGAUCGUACGCAACCACCGCAUGGUCAACGGCACAAGCCGCGUUAAUGUCUAAUCAUUGCUCUGAAGAAAGUGAACUGCGAUUCCCCCUAAAUUUAACACGUAACCGAAGAUUUGCAUGAUAUAUCCUAACUAGGUUGCUGAAGCACAAUGAGUAGGCAAUAUUCUUUGUUUUCGUCUGCUAGCCGACAGACGACGCUCAUAUUAUCCUCUGAUAGACUUUUACAUAAUGCAAACAACCGCAAAUUAAUAGUAAUUUGCAAACGACGUGGACAAUAUUGUUUUAGGUAGCACCUGUCACUAAGUGUUUAACGAAGAAAAAACCAAAUUUAACAUCUACAAUGAUGCAGGGUAGGCAUUAAGAGGAGCCCCUGCCUGUUUUACCAUUAGUGUAAUAGAAAACCGCAAAAUCCACCUAGGCAAAUAUUAAAAUAGAAGGCAUUUUCAGUUUAGUUUUGUCUAUUUGCGAGCUGAGACAAAAUAGAUACAAUAUAGGUAAAGGGGCAGAGUACGAAUUUUCGUUGGGAAGUUGCAAUAUGACCGAUGGCUUGCCGUUCUCCCCGUAUUGGCUCGCAAUACAACAUAACAAUAUAAUAACAAUAACAUAACGAAAAAACGAUACGUUAAUAAAUCUAAACGGUCGUAACGAUGGUGGAAAGGCAGGCUGAAGUGGCGAACCAUUGUGGCUGCUAUUAGAUCAUCCGAUACAUUUUACCCAUGGGCCGCUGAAAAGAAAUUAUGCUGUUUGGUAAAAAAGAAAAAAAAAAGACUUGUUUCGUGGUACUUCCACGAUAUCCAGAUCGUUACUUGCUCUUGACGGGCUAGACUGCGAAAGAAGUUGGUUGCGUAAUGUCCGUCGUCAUUGAAAGGAUAUAUAGGUAGACUGGUGUUUUUCAUAGGCUAGUCUGGGCUUUAUUUCGGAGACAACAAUUAAACAUCGUCGUGAAAAUUUCGACGGUAAAAACAGAAUGACACAAGAAGCUAAACAGUAGGCCCCGAACACACAUAAACAGACGUUCCUGAAGUAGGGGAAAUAUUGUGUCCUUUUUGUCCUCCCUCACAAGCCUUGAAUGUGAUUGUAUUAUACAGGAGUAACAACAGAAAUGACGACGAAGAUUAUAACGAUAACAUACUGCAUAAUGCUAAUCUAAUAAGGAUUACGAAAAAAAUGAAUACAGAUAUCACAAAUGCAAUGCUUCUCUUUCUAAAACGAGCAGGAGGUCUAUAAAUUUAGCGAAACAGUAUCAACUGACUCACUCGGUUAGGAAGUGGCACGAUGAAUGGGAAUUUAGGUUAAAUACUACCAAGUUCGUCCAACCCUGUCUAGGCGUCCGCCAGCAAGAGAUUACGCCCGCUGGACACAACAAGAUAUAAGGACACAGCUGUCUAUAAAUACGUUACUGAAAUUGUUGAAGGAAAUGACCAUGAUUACAUAUUCCGAGAGCAAUCCAAGAGGCUGAAUUGCCAAUAGCGAUAAAUAUGAUAGAUACUAAUGAAAAUGAUAGGCAUAAUAAUGAUGUUAAGAAGCAAAUGAGUACCAAUGAAGAUACGUAUGAAGCAAACAUAGACGAAUGAUACACCCACAGUCACGGUACAUAUAUAAGCAUAUGAUACAGUAGAGUAGACAUAUAGCUGUGAAAAGAUUUCGAAGCUGGACAGGCACAUGAGCCCAGCGUCCGCACCCAGUGCUAAAACCGGGUCGAUAUAUAUGUAAUCCAACCAAAUGCGACUAAUGGUCACUGUAAACGGGUCUUGACCUGUGGGCAUAGGUAUGUGUAGAACGUAAUAGCGUCAAAACAAUAUACCUAUAUGAAACAUACGACCGAUGGACGCAGCGAUAUUUAUAACAUGCAUAGGUACGGCAUAAAUACUGUUGAGUAAGCAGAAAAAUAGGGCCUCUCCAUGGAACCGUUGUAAUACAUAUGUAUCGUUCAAGCGGAUGUCAAAAGGCCAUGAACAAUAGUGUCACCCCUUUCACACGGCACGCUUAUAAUGUUCCCGUAAGAAAAGAAAUUGAGAAAACUAGAGCAGAAAUAAGAUUCAUGAUAAUAAGACGAAUACCGUUGUAGUAACAAUAAUUAUCUUAAAAUGAUUCAACAUUGCUAUUAGUGACAGGAAGUUUUAAAGAUAGCCAAAAAAUACUCAAUACUUCGAGCCGUAUCCGAGCAGAUCAUCACCACGUAAUAACGAUUAUAAUAAAUUGGCGAAAAGAUAAAAUAGUACAUGGUAGAUCGGAAAGUUCGAGCUUAUGCAAAAGGUACGUAUACAGGAUUGAACAAAGCCAGAAGGGACUGAUGGUGAUGAUUGUGUUGGGGUCGUUUCCGCCUCUGCGGCUCACGCAUGACUUCGUUUUAGAUAGUAGACGUAUGACGCACUGAUGCAGACGCACUAGACAAGCCGUUGACUAUCGGAAUACUCGACGCUGCGAUAUGUCGUCUUUUAGUGCAAUUAGGCCAUUGGAAUACUGACGACCUACUAGUAGUUUCAGUGGGAAGCAACGAUUCUAUAUCUCUGUAGACAGCUAUUGUUGGUAACAACUCGCAGCACCGAGGAUAGAAUAACAUUUAUAAUUACUGUGACGAUCGAUUAUAAUUAUAGCUAUCCAAAGUCAAUUAGGAGGCCCAUCCAUCAAAUGGCCCUUUCCGAAGGCGUUCGUAACCUCGCGUGGUGUGAUUGGGCGCACAACACUGCUUUAUCGGAGCUCCAUGGGAGCGAUAACGACAAACAUAACAGCAGACGUAUUAUCGACGCUUGACGUAAUCGCCGUUUAACGCAAGCAUAGACACUUCGUCAGGAACAUUUCGGGAAGCACCGACAAGAUAUAGCCACGCUGAGAAUUAGAGCGGGUUCAAUUGUCUAUCAUGAAGACUAUACGAGUUAACUUGACACGCAUUUGCCACUCGAUGUUAUCCGUACCCAUAUAUUAAUUAGUUAGCAUCAUCUUCUCGUUCGCAAGAGAAGAAGCAAGGACGAAAUUCUUGAAAAUUGUCUAGCUCCCUUAAUUAGACCUAUUCAGACUUGACUUGACGUUUGCUCUAUGUCAUGUAUGAACAGACUGUUCAUAUACGUAAUUAGUCUUGUUCACAAUAAUCGUCAUAAAAAAAUAUAAACAAAAAUAAUUGAUGAUUAGUGCCGUUACAAUUACACCGUUCAAUUAACAGAGCAUUCAGUCACGCCAUACAGCCUGUAAAUACCCUGUAAAAUACUUUAAGCAAAAACAGAGACGCAACGCCACCACGACGACAAAAAUGAGCAAGAGACAAAUAAACUUGGUUGUUAUGUUAACCCUUA